AUGGCCCAUGAGACAUCUGCCCCCGUAACCGGCCAUCCCCGCCUCCCUUCCUUCCUCCUCUGCCUUCCCCUCCCUCUCCCCGGCAGCCCCCACCCCGUGUGCUGGCCCGUGGAGCAGAAGCCACAGUCACUUCCUGAAGGCAGCAGCCCCAGCUCGGGUCCCCAUCGCCCAGUGGCCCAUCACCUGCCCGCAGCCAUGGAGGGCCAUCAGGACUUCCGGAGCCUCCAAGCAAAGUUCCAGACCUCUCAGGCCGAGGCCAGCGAACACCCCAGAAAACCCCCGAAGCCUGACUUCAGCAAACUCAGGAAGGUUCCCCAGCCUGAGCUAAGCGAGGAGCCCAAGAGAGCCCCGCAGCCUGAGUUCCGCGCACUGUCCUUGAAGCCCCCGCAGCCUGAGCUCGCUGACCACCCCAGGAAGCCUUCCAAACCUGAGCCCGGCGAAGUCCCCAAGAAGCUCCCACAGUUCGAGGCCACUCAGUUUCCCAAGAAGCCCCCGCAGCCUGAGUUUACAGACUUCCCCAGGAAGCCCCCGCAGCCUGAGUUCAGUGAACUCUCCAAGAAGUUCCCAAAGCUCGAGGCCACUCAGUUUCCCAGGAAGCCCCCGCAGCCCGAGGCGGAUGAGGGCCCUGGGAAGGCCUUGCUGCCGGAGCCCGGCACACACGUCCCCAAGCCCCUGCAGCCCGAGCUCAGCAAACCCGCCAGGCCCCCCUCUGAACCCAAAUUCAGCGCAUUCCCCAGGAAGUUCGCACAGCCCGAGUCCAGUGAGAGCCCCCUGAAGCCCUCGCAGCCCGAGUUCGGUGCCUUUCCCAAGAAGCCCCCGCAGCCCCAGGUCGCAGGCCUGCCCAGGAAGUCCCUGCCGCAGCCCGAGUUCGGGGAGGUCCCUCAGACGCCCCCCUGGAAGCCGGAGCCCAGCGAGCCCCACCCCCACUCCCCGAAGCCCGACCUCAGCGCGGUUCCCAAGAAGCCCCCACAGCCCGAGUUCAGCGUGUACCCUAAAAAACCCCCGCAGCCCCAGGUCGCAGGCCUGCCCAGGAAGUCCGGGCCGCAGCCCGAGUUCGGCGAGGUCCCUCAGACGCCCCCCUCGGGGCCUGAGCCCAGCGAGCCCCACCCCCACUCCCCGAGGCGGGACCCCAGUGCGCUUCUCAAAAAGCCCCCGCAGCCUCUUCCGGGUGACCGCCCCCAGAAGGCCCUGCCGCCCGCGUUUGGAGACCUGACCAGGACGUCCUCGGAGCCUGAAGUCAGUGUCCUUCCUAAGAGGCCCCGGCAGCCCGAGCCCAAGGCGCCUUCCAGGAAGCCCCCGCAGCAGCCCGAGCUGGGCGGUCUCCCCAGGACGUCCUCGGAGCCCGAGUUCAACUCUUUCCCCAGGAAGUUUCUGCAGCCCGAGCGCCCAGGGCCACCCCGCAAGCUGUCACAGCCUGAGCCCAGUGCUCUGCCCAAGAGGCACCUGCAGACGGAGCUCUUCGGUGACCUCCCUAGAAAGCCCCUGCUCCCCAGCUCGGUUUCCGAGAGCUCGCUGCCCGCUGCCGUCGCGGGCUCCAGCCACCGGCUUCUGUUCAGCCCUGGGUUCGGGGGCCCCGGGACACCCCGCUGGAGGUCAGGAGGCCACAAACCCGGCCAGCCACCCCGGAGGAGGCCUCUGCCCUCUGUCAGCAGCCUGGGACCCCCUCCGGCCAAGCCUCCGCUGCCCCCAGGCCCCUUAGACAUCCAGCGCGUGUGGAGACCGCGCAGGGCAGCCGCAGAUCUGCGCAGGACCCGCUCCUCUGCCUCCUCUGCGGGGAUCCGCUUCCAGGCCCGACAGCAGGACCCGGAUGAGAUCUAUGAGAUGUACGACGACGUGGAGCCCACGGACGACGCUGGUCCCAGCCCCAAGGGCAGAGGCGAAACGCCACUGACCCAGCAAGCCGCCAGGAGGCCACCACAAGCCCCCGCGCCCAGGAAGGAGAAGGCCUCCCAGCCACCGCAGGUGCCGCCCACGGACCCGAAGUUGCUGAAGCAGAUCAGGAAAGCGGAGAAAGCCGAGAGAGAGUUCCGGAAGAAGUUCAAGUUCGAAGGGGAGAUUGUGGUUCACACGAAGAUGAUGAUCGACCCCAACGCCAAGACGCGGCGCGGGGGCGGCAAGCACCUGGGCAUCCGGCGCGGGGAGAUCCUGGAGGUGAUCGAGUACACCAGCGCGGAGGAGAUGCUGUGCCGGGACCCCAAGGGCAAGUAUGGCUACGUGCCCAGGACGGCCCUGCUGCCCCUGGAAACGGAGGUGUACGACGACGUCGGCUUCUGGGACCCUCUGGAGAGCCAAGCGCCGCCCCGAGGACCGUGAAGCUGCAGGCCUGGGCACCCAGGACGGCCACCAGCCCAGCACCCACUCACCCAGGAGGCCCGCACCCCGGCUCGGCGGAGUCGCAGGGAUGCCCAGGCUCCCGUCUGGCCCCAUAAAGCCCCUCUUUAAAGCAA